GGCAAUUCGGUCAGCGUCACCGUGUUGUUGCGGAAGUGCCGCCGGGAAACGCUGGUAAUUCUCUACCAACCGUCUCUGACAGUUGCUUGCAUUGUUCAGAGUAGAUAUUGUCACUGGUUUUGUGUUUGUAACGCCGUCGUUUACUUGAAAAACGUAAGUUAUGGCAGCUCUAAAAUACGCAGGUAUGGACGAUACAGAUAGUGAGGAUGAGUUACCUCCCGGAUGGGAAGAGAGAUCUACCAAAGAUGGUUGGGUCUACUAUGCAAGCCAUGAUGAGAUGAAGACACAGUGGGAACACCCCAAGACAGGAAAGAAAAAACGUUGUGCCGGAGAUUUACCGUAUGGUUGGGAGCAAGAAACUGAUGAAAAAGGACAGGUGAUUUAUGUGGAUCACAUUAACAAGCGGACCACAUAUUUUGACCCUCGUCAGGCAUUUACAGUAGAGGAUGUGGUGGUGAAGCCAAAACGGUAUGAUGGAAACACUGCUGCACUAGAGAUCCUGCAGGGUCGUGAUUUGUCUGACAAGGUUAUCCUCAUUACUGGCGGCAACUCUGGCAUUGGCUUUGAGACAGCCAGGUCUUUUGCUCUUCACGGCGCCCACGUGAUCCUGGCAUGUCGAAACCUGUCCCGGGCCAUCAAGGCAGUUAGCCUCAUUCAGCAGGAGUGGCACAAAGCAAGAGUAGAAGCCAUGAUGUGCGACCUGGCCUCUCUCCGCAGUGUCAGGGAGUUUGCUGAGUCUUACAAGGCCAAAAAACUGCCCCUUCACAUUCUGGUGUGUAAUGCAGCAGUGUGCACUCAGCCCUGGAGAUUGACUGAGGACGGCCUGGAGUCCACCUUCCAGAUCUGCCAUCUAGGUCACUUCCUGCUUGUCCAGUGCCUACAGGAUGUGCUGCGUCGUUCGGCCCCCGCCCGUGUUGUGGUGGUAUCUUCUGAGUCCCACAGGUUCACAGACCUGUUAGACUCAUGUUCCAAGGUGGACAUGGCCCUGCUGUCUCCCACAAAGAAGGAGUACUGGUCAAUGCUGGCUUACAAUCGAGCCAAACUCUGCAACAUCCUCUUCAGCAAAGAGCUCCACCGCCGCCUCUCGCCGCACGGUGUCACCUCCAACGCGGUGCAUCCUGGGAACAUGAUGUACACAUCCAUUCACCGGAGCUGGUGGCUGAUGACCUUUCUCUUCUCUCUGGCCAGACCUUUCACCAAGUCUAUGCAACAAGGGGCAGCCACUACGGUGUACUGUGCCGUAGCGCCGGAGCUGGAAGGGUUAGGCGGCAUGUACUUCAACAACUGCUUCCGCUGCCUGCCGUCCAUCCAGGCCCAGGACCAGAGCAGCGCUUCCAGCCUGUGGGAGCUGAGCGAGCGCCUGGUUGCAGAGAGGUCAGCAGGCAUACAGGCCCUCUGAUGGACCGACGAGGAGGUGGAGGAGGUGGACUAGCCAAACAGGAAGGAUGGUGGGUCACUGUCAUGUCCAGUUAGGUAUGAACUGAAUAAAAGUUAACUGUACUGCACAAUACAAGAGAGCUGCCAAACCACGGAAGUCUACGGGAGCUAAAACACACUACAUAAACAGUACAGGAGAGAGUUUCAUAUACACUACUGAAUAAAUUAAAGUUGUGUUCAGCUCUGCUGUGGUAGUUUACAAUGGGAGGUGUGGGACGGGAGAAGAUUUGGGAGGAUGUCAGGGAUCUCUUAAAGUUUGUUCUUUUCUCUGUUUGUCUCAGUAGCUUUUUAUAACGUUUUCAAGUCUUCAUUUCACAACUAUUUAAAAGAGCAAAGUUCAAAGAAGCAAAUGACCUGUCUUGCUAACAAUACAGGGUUACCUAAUAAGCAUACACUCUAUGGCAUAUGCAUCCAUUUCCAGCAAAAGUGCACUAUAUUGCAAAUAUUGUGUCUUUCCAAUUAAAUUCAGUAUCCUCUUGUCUAGUUCUACGUAGAUGUUGAUGUUUCCUAUUGAGAUACAGAGAGCGUUGGUUAAUCGUUGUGCCUAAAUCUUUUUGGGCUUAGAUGAAAUAAGGAGUAAUGGGCAUGUGACACUCAUGGAUAUAUAAACACACUAGAGGUAUGAUUCUUAUGGCUAUAUACAAUAUUCUGCAAUAAUUUUAUUUCUUAUCAAUGUCCCUAUUUGUUUUUCUGUACAAUAUUUACAAUAUCCUGAUUUCUGGGCAUGUGCUAAAGGGGUGUGGACAUCAUAAUUUUUUUUUCUGUUAGUUAUUUGACUCAACCUACGUAUUAAUAAUUUAUAAUCUGGUGAAUCUAAAUUACAAUUUGGAGGUAUUUUAAGGGAUGAUUCGUGUCCAUUUGAAUAGCAAAUACAGAUGGUGGAGAAUUGUUUUUCCAGAGUCCAGGAUCUUUAAUUUCUGUGUUUCUUCCCUUGUUGUAGUAGAAGAAUUUGAAAGUGAUUUCAGUCUCCUGUUAUUAUUUUAUAUCAUCAUUGUUUAAUUUUUGAACUCUGGCUUUGGGUAUUCUGUGGAUUGGUUGCCCUGAAGCCGCUGUUGGGACGCUUUUGAGACAUUGUGCUUUAUGGCAGUCUGGGUGCCGGAGGUUGCUCUUGAAACAUCAGCAUUCCAGUGUCAUGAUAUCUGUAAGAAAAACAAAUGAGAAAGAACAUUUAAUAAAAAUCUGUUUUAUAGUAA